GAAGAUGCGCACGUGGCUGACUGUGCCCGCAGUUCCUCCGGCUCUUCCUCGACCACGCGGCGAGCCGAGGCCAGCCGCCGACAUUUGAUGCGUUCUCGCACUACGCCUUCCCCUCGGAUCCCAAGCGGUCACUGGCUUCCAUCGUCUUCCACCAGCUGCCCCAGAUGGGCAAGCCCGGUGAGCCGCUGCGCCUGCUGGUUGACUUCGCCGACCUGCUUAUCGAGCUGUGGCACCGCUGCCUGACGGAACGGUACUACGAGCCGAUCUACUACCUCGCCGCCCUGCUCUCGUACGCGCUCGAGCUGAACACCGUGGAUGUCGCCCCGCAUGUUAUCUCGUCGCUCAUCCCCGUAUGCGCGACAACGUGCCGCCUCGUAGCGCUACCUCGUCUCCACGGCGACGGCGACCUGUCCGAGCACUCGGACGCCGUCACCCAGCGGCUGCGCCUCAACAUCGACGUCGUCCAGUGCCUUUCGCUGCUCUACCUUGCCGCGCUGGGCUGCCUGCCACGGCCCCUGGGAGAGUCCGGCCCCGCCGACGCCCAGACCGAAUUCUGGAGGACCAUGGAGCUCGAGUUCGCCCUGACGAUGCUCUCCCCGAAGCACCCGGAGGCCGACUGGAUGGCCAUGAUGUUGCUGCUACGGACUUCGGCCGCGCCCGACAGCAUCGGGCCGAUUCCCUCGACAACGGACCUGCCGAGCGGCCGUACCAAGGUGCGCAGCCCCGCCGAGGCUGCGGCUACCGUGAUCGACUGUGUCUCGUCCUUCCUCCGCGACUCGCCGCGGUGGGCAGCGCCGGGCUCGGCCAAGGAGACCGCCGUGCGGUCGGCCGCGCUCGGGACGCUCGCCGUCUUCGCAACGAGCCCGUUCGGUGCCUUGCAUCUUGCCCAGAGCGACGUCGCCAUCCCGCGGCUCGUGGCGGUGCUGUGCUGGGCUAUUGACCGGCUGUACGACGCGGAGCUGCCAAUGACGACGGCCGAGUUCGUGGGCACCAGCGACUCGCUCACGGAACCGGGCGACCAGAUGGAUGUGGACCGCAGCGUCGCGAGCGAAACUCAUGCGGAGGGCGAUGGCCCGAUGGCUGUGGAACCGCGGGAGGCCAACGCCAGGAAACCCAAGUUGCCGGACUUGCCAGAGGAGGAGCCGCCCCCCGAAGAGUUGACGCCGGACCCGAUGACGGUGCUAUGCCAGAUCAUUGCGCAGGCCACCUGGCUGCUGCAUUUCCUCGCCACCGACCCGCGGACGGCCGACGCGGCGAAUAUCCCGGCGAAGCUGGCAGCCUCUCACGGCGGCUCGCAGCGCUACUACCUCGCGCUCGCGCGGCUCAACUUCGCCGAGGAGGACCUGGUGCUCGAGGCCGGCAUCGACGCCGAGACGGUCGAGCGGGCGCACGAGCUGCUGGAGCUCGCGGUCACGCCGGACGAGGGCGACGAGAUCAGCGAGUUAUUUGAUUGAUUUGGUGGUGCGGUGAGAGGACUUGAUACCCGGGAGUUGCUAGGGGGAAUCGCUACAUACGCUUUGCCGAAUUUACGAGAAUCUACGAUGGGAGAACCGUACCUUUCUCUC